AAAUAACCUUUGCCAAAUCCGGAACUUCCAGUUUCCAAAAACGAAACCUCCAUUUUUAGCCUCAGGCUAAGUGAACCCCCAAAACAAUGUGCUACAAAUUAGCUUGAGACCAAACCAAACUUGAGAAUAUUUUUCAGCAAUAUUACAAAGUUCUUGCACCUCACAAACACAGAUCAACUAAAUUCACAAGUCCAACAAUGAAAGCAAGUGAUGAGCAGGCUAGCGAAGAGCAACAAGGAUUUAUUUCACCGAAGUUCAAAUUCACCCAAAGUAAAUCCUACAUCUCCGCUAAGAAACUCAUUAGGAUACGAGUUUUUUCCAAGUCCCUUCCACCGAGUCAAAUUUUUUUAACCACUUCCCUACUUCACUAGUUAGAUUUGCCCAAACUGUCUUGUAAACUACCCCUAUUUAUCUCGAUAACGAAAUAAAAUUAAUAAAAACUAUUGGUCAUAUCGGGACCGUUUUCGCAUAUCCAUCGUUAAUCGACGAGAUUUAGUUAAUUGACGAGAUUUCUCUAAUUCCCUAUGCCGUGACAUCUUGAUUAAAAAAAACAGGGGGCCCCACUAAACAUCCACCAGCAGCUAGUAACUUCCAAGAGAACGACAGCCACACGCCCACACACACACGAGCACCCGAGCAUGAUGAACACACCAAGAAUGGCAUCCCCUUCCUCCUCGCCGGCGCCGCCACCCGCCUCCGUUGCCGCCCACCGAAUCUCCUCUCCCCAGCUAUCUCCGAAGCACAGAAAGCCCCGCAUCCAUCGCCUCGCCGUGGCCGUCGCCGCUUCAACGCGGAGGGCAGAUCGCCGGAGCCAGAGGCGGACCCCAGUCGAGCGGCGCGGCAGGGCGGGCUCCAUCUGGGUCAACCCGAACUCCGCACCGCGGCCUGGAGCCGCCAACCGCACGCUCCGCCGCCUUGUCGAGCUCGACGACCUCGACGCCGCGCUGCGGCUGCUGCUCGGCGGGCCCUCCACCACCUCCAUGCCCGCAGCCUCGGACUCGGUGGCGGAGCCGCCGGCCGUCAUCACCUGUAACAUCCUCAUCAAGAAGCUCUGCGCCGGUCGCCGCCUCGCGGACGCGGAGCGUGUGCUCGCGGUGCUGAGGGCCUCCGGCGCCGCCGACUCCGUCUCCCACAACACCCUCGUCGCGGGUUACUGCCGUGACGGCCGCCUCGCCGACGCGGAGCGCGUGCUCGAGACGGCGAAAGCCUCCGGCGCCUCCAACGUCGUCACCUACACUGCACUCAUAGAUGGAUACUGCCGCUCCGGCCGCCUCGUCGACGCACUGCGCCUCAUUGCCUCCAUGCACGUGGCGCCGGACACCUACACCUACAACACCGUGUUGAAGGGCUUGUGCGGUGCUAAGCAGUGGGAGGAGGCUGAGGAGCUCAUGGAGGAGAUGAUCCGGAACAAUUGUCAUCCAAAUGAGGUGACAUUCGCCACGCAGAUCCGUGCUUUCUGUCAAAAUGGGUUGCUUGACCGUGCUGUGGAACUUCUUGAGCAAAUGCCCCGGUACGGAUGCACUCCUGAUGUUGUUAUCUACAGUACCCUUGUCAAUGGGUUUGCAGAGCAUGGGCGUGUCAACAAAGCGCUCAAGCUACUUGACACCAUGUUAUGCAAACCUAACACAGUUUGUUACAACGCUGCAUUGAAGGGUUUGUGUAUUGCUGGACGAUGGGAGGAAGUUGGGGAGCUGGUAGCUGAGAUGGUUAGGAAGGAUUGCCCACCAAACGAUGCGACAUUUAGCACGCUGAUCAAUACCUUGUGCCAAAACAGGUUGGUUGAGUAUGCAACUGAAGUUCUAGGGAAAAUGCACGAGUAUGGAUAUAAGCCAGAUGUUGUCAGUUACAACACAAUCAUCAGCUGUCUUUCUGAACAAGAGCGUGUCGAUGAUGCCCUCAAGUUACUGAAUAGCAUGCUAUGCAAGCCUGACACAAUUAGCUUCAAUGCUGUAUUGAAGGGUUUAUGUAGAGCUGAGCGAUGGUGUGAUGCUGCAGAGCUUAUAGCUAAGAUGUUUAAGGAGGAUUGCCCUAUAGUUGAAAUGACCUUUAAUAUACUCAUUGAUUCGCUAUGCCAAAAUGGGCUGGUCAACGAUGCGAUUGAAGUGUUUGAGCUAAUGCCAAAGUACGGAUGUACACCUGAUAUUGUCACAUACAGUAGCCUUAUUAAUGGCUUUUCUGAACAAGGACUUGAUGAAGUGGCCUUUGAUUUAUUUAGAAGCAUGCCAUGCAAGGCCGAUAUCUUUAGCUACAAUGGUGUAUUGAAGGGUUUGUGUGCAGCUGCACGAUGGGAUGAUGCUGGAGAGCUUAUAGCUGAUAUGGUUAGAAAAGAUUGUGCCCCAAAUGAAGUGACAUUCAAUAUACUAAUCAAUUCCCUGUGCCAAAAAGGAUUAGUUGAUCGUGCAAUUGAAGUUUAUGAGCAAAUGCCAAAGUAUGGAAUUACACCUGAUAUUUUCACAUAUAAUGCCCUUAUCAAUGGUUUUUCUGAACAAGGCCGUCUGGAGGAUGCCCUCAAGCUGUUGAGCACCAUGUGUUGUGAGCCUGACACCAUUUCCUACAAUUCUGUAUUGAAGGGUUUGUGUAGGGCUGAGCGAUGGAAAGAUGCAGAGAAACUUGUUACUGAGAUGCUUAAGAAGAAUUGCACUCCAAAUGAAGUAACAUUCAAAUAUGCUAAUCAAUUGUUUAUGUCAAAUAAGGCUGAUUGAAUGCAUAACUAAAUUCCUUGAGCAUAUGCCAAAGUGUGGGUGAGCUGCCUUUUGUCAUGUAUGCUGCCUUCAUUGAUGGCUUUUCGUGGCUGAGGUCUGCUGCAGAUCCUCUGAGCUAAGAAGCAGCAUAAUUGUGCAGGCCUAGCGAAGUUUACGAUUGUGCUGCAUUGUGGUAGAAAUGAACAACAGGAGAAUUCUAGCUGACAGUGGCAACGAGAGCAUCCCAGGAGUUUGCAGUUAUGAUGGACAUGAAUUCGUGCUUCAAAAUGAAGUGUUACUCGGUAUACUGGCAAGAGGCAGUUGAAUCUGCUUCAUUAGCAAAUGGCAGAACAAGGUUCGUAGAUGGUGCCUGGCUGACUGCAAUAUAUGAUUCCAAGGGUUUUAUGAAACAGAAAAUAUUAGAGAAUGCUUGUGACCUCAUGCCCUUUUAAAGGAUUGUCAAGGCUUUACACCAUUAAUGGAGCACAUUCUGUGUCGAUGGAUCAGGAUCCCGAACGAUCUUUGCUCUGCCUCCGAUGUAAGUCUUCUGUUAAGUUGUAUAAAUUUGCAGCAUGUUUCUCUCUGGAGAACCUCUUGCACAUCUCAGGAAUAAUAUUAAGAUUUGUCAUGUAAAAAGAGGUCUUUAAAGCUGGUGUAGAAUGGCCUAUUGAACAUGCUGCAUAGGAGACUAUAGUCAUGCAAACAUAUUGCAUAUGUUUUGUCUUUAGUAGCCCUGCUAAGACCAUGAUGCGUCACAAUUCAUUUGAUGACCACCAAAUGCAUUUCAAGCAUCAAAAUUCUUUGAUCCUGGAAAACUUGAUUCACAUAUUUUUUUCAAUUUGUUGUUUUCCCUGCUAAUACACUAUUCUGGAGACGUACCAUGGCAAUGACAUACCUUUUGAUGAGAUUCAAAAGCAAUUUAUGUGUAAGUUUUCUCCCUUGUGCAGCAUGUUGUCUCAGAAUAGUAAAAUGCUUGUUUCAAUUAUGAUGCUAAAUUCCCUCCGUUUAUUUCCCUUUAAAAUUUCUGUUUCCGAGAUUUGGGGCCAAACCUGAAGGCUACAGUCAUAGUUGCUCAAAAAGCAGCUCAGGAUACAUACUGGUGUGUUUAAUAUUUGAUAUCAGUACAGUGCAUUGGAUGACAUGUACCAUCGAAUUGUAAUGGAAACCUCUAAACCAUGGUGUUUGUUACCUGACUUGAACCCUCAACGGUCAUUAGCAGCAAUGCAGGGCAUUGGGGCAUUUCAAACCGUGGCAUACUUGUAUAGGGAGACUGGGAGAGGUUGCUCAAAUUUAAGUUAUGAAGGGAAUUCAAAAUUCAGUCACUUCUAAUGGGGGUUUCUGCAACGCCCCUAAUUUGGUUCAAAUUCAUGCUUAGAGCAAGAUAUCUGCCGCAGAUUUGACAAAGGGUGUAAAAAUAAUAACCGAUACUCAACUGGUCACCCACUCACCCCACUGAGUAUUUGCUGUAACUGGGGUAUGACUUUUGAUUAUGUCCAAACUACAGAUUAUAUGGUAAGUAGUGGCUUCUGUGCCUUGUGCAUGAUCGAGUAUAGAGCUUAUAGGUCUGGUAGAGCCAUUUUUACAGCAUUGAUGUUGAACUGCUGAUCCCAGCAGGUAUUUUUACACAAAUAUACGAUUGGUAAUCCGUGUGAAGCAGAAUACGGUAUGUAGGUAUGGUAUACAAGAAGAGUAUGGUAUUGGUAGUCAUGGACCUGGCCAUGAGUAUGUGUAUAUAUCUUGUACAGAGCCUUUUGUAGUGGAUUUCUUAAUUCUUGCCUUCUUGGGCAAUAAAGAGACGGUACAUGAGGAUGAGUUGUGUAAUACUUUUUGGUCUUUUGGCCAGCAACGAGCUUUAUACGGCACA